GAUAGCUCAGAUGAAACUCGCCCAUUUAAAAUAUGUCAUCGGCUCGAUUAAUAACAAAGAAAAGUCAAAUCUCCAAAAAAUUACAAACAGCAAAAUGAAACAAAGUUCCUUAUCUAUAUUUGCCGAAGACAUUCUAAAGGAUUAUGGCACAUUUAUGGAGCAACACGAUAGCAAAAUGCAAUUGUUACGAAAACAAAUGCUCAACAAUGGCACAGAAGAGCAAUUGUUGACAUCAGUGCUGCCGGCUAUUGAGAUUAAGUACAUAGAGAACGAUAGCAUAAAUGGAUUCUUCAACCUGAGACUCACUGAGCCAGAGCUGCUGGCCAACAAACCGCUCACAACUUUGUCCAAUUUGUGCAAUCAGUGCAACGACUUAACGCAAAUCGCACAACAAUUGCAAUUGAAGUUCCUGAGCACGAGCAACCAGAUAGAGACUCUGCAAAUUUCACUAGGCAUAAGUCCGAACAUGAGCCUCGAGCACAUACUGUGUAAAAUGAGUUCGGCCAUUGAUUUCUUCUGUCAGGUGUAUUUCAUGCUCAAGCGAGCGAUUGCUGUGCUCCAGAAUAUUUGGAUGCAAAUCACGAGCUAUGCGUCCAUCGCUAUCGAUAUACACGAGGCGCAUCUCUUUAAUAUCUUUGAUGCAAUGGCCGAGCUGCUGCAGCACAUUGUGACCUUUAACGAGAUCACCGAGCAGUCGAAUCUAUCGAGCAAAUGGAGCUUCUACAGGAAAUGGCUUCAGACGUUGGCCAAGAACAGCGAAACAUUUGAGCGCUGCAGCAGCUUCGAGCUAAAUGGCCUGGAGACAUCGCUCAAUGAUAUAGAAAAUGUGAUAACUGGCAAUAUCUUUCGGAUAUUCCUGCACAGCUUGCUGGAGACCAAGCGACAGCUGAAUCUGAAGGAUGCCAAUGUUAAUUAUAUAACGCAACAUUCCAAUGCCUAUAUACGCAAGCUGAUGAGCUGCCUGGAAGCAAAUCAGGCGCACGAAUUUAAGCACUACGAGGAUCCCAAGUAUUUGCUGCGACUCACUGCAUUUAUCUGCGUGCUGCAUCAGCUGGGCAUUCUGCUCGAUGGCAAGCUGCUGAAGAACGCCCUGGACACACUGCUGCGCUAUCAGCGUGUGUCCUUGGAGCGAAACGUCUAUUGGUCACCGCAGGCAUUCAUCGCCAAGCACGCGAAGACGCUGCUCAAGGCGCAGGACAAGCCACAUGACAACCUCAAGCAAUAUCUGGCUACAGUGGAGCGGAUAAACGGCAACGAUUUCAAGACCUGCCGCCAACUGGGCACCCAACUGACCCUGUGGUCGAUCAGCAUGCAAAGGGUGUUCACGACCGGCUGCUUUGACCAGCUGAAGAGCUUCUCGAAGCUGAUCAUCCAGGGCCAGGGCUAUGCGAACCAGGUGAAUAACCUCAUCGACGGCCUCAUCAAGCGGCAUUUGACCCUGAACCUGCCCGUAGGCAAGGCCACCCUAUUCACGAUCUGUAAGCUCAUGCAAUACCUGCAAGUGCUGCAGAAGAUCUUUGCUGACAAUCAAACAUUGUGCAUACGCUUCAUGAGCAGCCUGCUGCAAUGGCAAAAGCAAAAGAUUCAGCAUCUCCUCAUGCUGACCAAGAAGAGUAUUGUGGAUCUCAAGCUAAUGCAGAAGAAGAUGAGUAUUUUGACCACCCUGAAAUUGUCGGAGAAGUCCAUCAAGGGCUAUCCCAACAAACGGCAACUGAACAUGGUGAAUCUGGCGCUCAGCGAAUAUCUGGACAAGGAUCGCACACUGCCCGCCGACAAGCAGAAGCUGCUCAAGUCCAUUUCGCUGCGCACCCACAAUCUCUGUCGCCUGCAAAGGAAUAUGCUGGGCCAGUUCGAUGCGACGCAGCUGAUCAGCAAUUACGACGCGUUGGCGCUGGCCUCCGAAGCCGGGCUCAAGGAGUAUGUUCAGCAGCAACAUAAUCCCUAUCAACUGCAGAAUCUGUUUGCAGCCAGCAGCAAAUUGGACAAAAAUCUGGGCUUAUUCCAGCUCGGCGAUGGGAGCUGCCAGACCACACAGAAAUUACUGGACUGCGAGCGGGACUUCCUGUGCAAUCAUCUGGAGUAUCUGCUGCGUGUCGAGGCGCUGUCCCAUCUAUUCCUCAGUCAGGAGCAUCCGUUCACACAAACAACGAUCGACUACAGGAGCUGCAUCAAAGUGCCGGCAACAGAAGUGAACGGCGCUUAUAACAUACUAAAAGAUAACCUUGAGAACUAUUUUACGGCCACGUUCUAUAAUUUAACAACGAUUGCGCCUCACGAUUGGAAGUCAUAUGAGAAGAUGCGUCAUCUCGCCAAUAAAUUACUACAACUACGGCCUGUCGACGACUACUUGCCCAAUCAGAUAAUUGAUCAGGGCAUUGACGUCCUUCAGAUAAUGCGCAAUAUCCACACGUUUGCCUCCUCCUACGCCUACAAUAUGAAUUUGCAACUGUUUGUGGAGAUGCAGAGUCGGAACAAGCAUUUGGAUAUAAUCGGAACGCGUCAUGUGGCCAAUUCCGUGCAGACCCAUGGCACGGGCAUUAUAAAUACGACCGUGAAUUUCAUCUAUCAGUUCUUGCGCCAGAAGUUCUAUACGUUCUCAACAUUCUUGCACGAUGAGCAUAUUAAGUCGCGACUCCUAAAGGAGUAUCGCUAUCAUGCCGAGCAGAAGCAUAAGAAACCCUACCAAUCGUAUCCUUACGAGAGGGCCGAGAGCUUCAUCAAGAAAAUACGCAAACUGGGCGUAUCCAGCAAUGGCGAGACAUAUAUGGAUCUAUUUAGGAAGGUUAUAACACAAGUUGGCAAUGCCGUGGGCUAUGUACGUCUGCUGCAAUCGGGCAGCAAAAACGCCAACUUUAGAAGCCGCUCCUUUAUGUCCAGAUUCCACAGCAACUUUAUGCGCGGCGAGGCCAAAGACUUGGACCCGACGACCAUGGGUUCCAUCAGGGAAUACGAGAAGAGCGUGGAACAUCUCAAAGAAUGCUAUUCGGACUGCACCAACUACUUUAAGCUAUUGAUGCAAGGAUUCCAGCCAUUCCUUUGCAAUCCACACAAUCAUCACCUGCGCACAUUCUUUCUCAUCGCGCCCGCUCUGAUCAUGAACUACAUCGACUAUCGGGUCAAGGAGAAACUGAAAAUGUACAAAAAGGAUCAGUCAAAGUGUUCGCUAUUCGAGGAUGGCUUUGCCAUCGGCCUCGUCUACAUUCUCAACAUGCUGAAUCAGCUGGGCGACUUCCAUGAGCUCGGCUGGCAACUGACGACCACACAUCAACUAAAUGCCGAACGCAUGAAGCUCAAGAAUACGCUGGCCACACAAGCCAAGAAUCCGAGCAAUUCCACACACCCAACGGCCACCGACGAGAAGCUACUCCAAACUGUCGCCAUCACCGAGAGGCACGUGAAUGCCUUUGAGCAGGAAUACAAUUUACUCUAUGCCACCUUGAGCAGUGCGGAAAUCUUUUUUCAAUAGAGCUCCAUGUUGGAGCCAAAGCUGAAGAUCCAGU